AUCCUACUUGGUUAAACCCCCAGCGCCCAGAAGGACACACCUACCUACAGCUUAUUAUAACGCAGUGUAGAGCAGUCAUCUGUUUUAAACUGACGAAUUCAACAUCGGAUUGGCAGUUUCAAGGACUUAUUCUUCCUAAAGUAGAGCCCAACAGAAAAAGGCAUGGAUGUGUCAAUCAUUAGGAUCCCACCUCACCACUACAUCCAUGUGUUGGAUCAGAACACCAACAUUGCGCGGGUGGAGAUCGGCCCUCUCACCUACAUCCGCCAGGACAAUGAAAGGGUUCUGUUUUCUCCAGUCCGUAUGAUAAUGGUGCCACCUCGGCAUUACUGUGUUGUGCUCAACCCUGUUGUUCGUGACGAUGAGGGCCGGGUUCAGUUUGAUGGAUCCGGUCAAGCCAAGCUCCGACACGCUGACCUGGAGAUCCGUCUGACCCAGGACCCAUUCCCCCUCUAUCCUGGUGAAGAGAUUCAAAAGGAUGUGACACCGCUGCAGAUCGUGUACCCAGACACAGCCUUGCGCCUGCAGGCCCUGCUUGACUUUGAAGAGGAGGGAGGAGAGAAGAGAGUAGCGGGAGAUGAGUGGUUGUUUGAGGGACCAGGGACGUAUAUUCCCAGGAAAGAGGUGGCAGUGCUGGAAGUCAUUAAGGCCACCGUAAUCCGAGAGAACCAAGCCAUUCGUCUCAGAGCACGUAAAGAGGGUCUGGACCGAAGCGGAGUCCGAAGAGUUACAGGUGAGGAGUGGCAGGUCAGUAAGGUGGGAGCUUACCUGCCUGGAGCUCAUGAAGAGGUCGUGGAGAUUGUCAAUGCUUUCAUCCUUACAGACAAGAAUGCCCUGCAUGUGCGAGCACUUCGCGCAUUCCGUGAUGCCGGGGGCCAGGACCGCCGUACCGGAGAGGAGUGGCUGGUGACCGUGGCCGACAGAGAAGCUCAUAUACCCUCUGUUGCCGAGGAGAUUGUCGGGGUGGUUGAAGUGACGACACUAAACAGCAGGCAGUACUGUGUGAUUCUGGACCCCGUGGGGCAUGAUGGAAAACCUCAGCUCGGACAGAAGAGAGUAGUGAAGGGUGAGCGUUCAUUCUUUCUGAGGCCAGGUGAGGAACUGGAGAAUGGCAUUCAGGAUGUGUACGUGCUGUCUGAAGAGGAGGGGCUUGUUCUCCGUGCCGUGGAGGCCUUUAUCGACACAGAAGGGCAGGAAGAAGAAACGGAAGAGGAAGAAGGAGGAAAACGCACCAAAAAGCGAGGUCUCCAGCGUCGUCCAGGUGACCGCUGGAUGCUGCGUGGCCCAAUCGAAUAUGUGCCACCCACCUCCGUGGAGGUGUUGAUGCGACGUGAGGCCAUCCCACUGGAUGAGAAUGAGGGAAUUUACAUCCGAGACAUCAAAACUGGAAAGGUGCGCGCUAUGAUUGGGCAGACCUACAUGCUAACACAUGAUGAGGAGUUGUGGGAAAAGAAGCUUCCAGCCAAUGUGGAGGCUCUUCUGAGUCAAGCCCGUGACCCACUGGCCGACCGUUCCACCCGUUUUGGAGCAGUGUUACCGGCUGAGAGGAAUAAAAACAGCGUGGUCACUUUUCGUGUUCCACACAAUGCGGCUGUUCAAGUUUACGAUUACAGGGAGAAGAAGGCCAGGGUUGUGUUUGGACCUGAAUUGGUGAUGUUGGGUCCCGAUGAGCAGUUUACAGUAAUGUCUUUAUCUGGAGACAAGCCCAAACGUCCUAACGUCAUCAAAACCAUCUGUCUCCUGCUCGGCCCAGACUUUUGCACUGACAUCAUCACCAUAGAAACAGCUGACCAUGCCCGCUUGCAGCUUCAGCUCUCCUACAACUGGCACUUUGAUAUCAAACAGCCUGCAGAUGCAGCCCAGGGUGCUGCUCUGUUCUCAGUGCCUGAUUUUGUGGGCGAUGCGUGUAAGGCCAUUGCUUCAAGAAUCAGAGGAGCUGUUGCUUCUGUGCAGUUUGAUGACUUCCACAAGAACUCCAACAGGAUCAUCUGUUCGGCUGUCUUUGGUUUCGAUGACAAGCUUGCGAUGAGAUCCAGCCUGCGGUUCAAUCAGAACGCGUUAGUCAUCACCAGCGUGGACAUUCAAUCUGUGGAGCCAGUGGAUCAACGGACCCGUGACGCUCUGCAGAAGAGUGUACAACUAGCCAUUGAGAUCACCACCAAUUCACAGGAAGCCACAGCACGACAUGAGGCUGAGCGUCUGGAGCAGGAGGCUCGUGGCCGCCUAGAAAGGCAGAAGAUCACAGACCAGGCAGAGGCAGAGAAGGCGAGAAAAGAGCUGCUGGAGCUGGAGGCCCAGAGCGCUGCAGUGGAGAGCACAGGAGCAGCAAGGGCCGAAGCUCAAUCCAGAGCCGAGGCAGCUCGUAUACAGGGCGAGGCCGCUGUCGAAGAGGCCAAACUCAAAGCAGAAGCUCAGAGAAUCGAUGCUGAAGCUGAGCUGGCCCGUCUGUCUAAGGCACGGGAUCAAGAACUUAGCUAUAAGAAAGAGAUGGACCACCUGGAGGUAGAUAAGCAACAAAAGAUGGCUGAGAUUGAGAGUCAGCGCUUCAGCCAGCUAGUGAGCAGUCUGGGUACCGAAACUCUGAAGGAAAUGGCUCGUGCUGGACCCGAACUACAGGUGAAGCUCCUGCAGUCUUUGGGUCUGAAGUCUACUCUUAUCACAGAUGGCUCCUCCCCUAUUAAUCUCUUUACUACUGCCAAUGGCCUCCUGGGGGCUCUGCAGGGCAAAGACGACCAAAUUUAAUAAAAAAAGGAAUAGACUAAGAUGAAGAGGCCUUAUACCUUAUACUAUAACUGUGUUUGUAAACCACCAAAAGAUAUUACAAAUGUGAAAAUGCAGCAUAGCAAGAACCUGCUGUAACGCUUCCAAAACCUAGUUUAACAAUAGAUUACUUUUGCAUUUACUAACAUUGGCUUUUUCAGAAGACUUUAAAAAUAUUAAGUGCCUUUUGAAUAUUUGGUUAAAUUGCUACAGUAGGUCUAUAUGUUUUUCUGUACUCACUUGUAAAGGACUAUUACAUUAUCAAAUAUCAAAUAAAAUGACUGUCUCAACCGUA